AUGAAACUGGUCAGAGGAUAUGAGUGUUCAAAGUUACUCCAUUUUGGAUUACGAGAGUUUAAAGUUAUUGAACAUUCAAACUCCAGUGAAUUAAAAAAUAAUACUCCGGCUACAAAGGAAUCAGAAACUUUCUGCUCAAAAUUGUUUACAUUAUUACAAAAUAAAUUGCUUUUGCAGUUUAUUGGUAACAUGUAUAAUUCUGAAAAAACAUCGGAUAAUUCAAUAACAUGGAAAGAUGUAGAUCGAAUAAAAAUAUGGGAAUGGAGCUAUCAUUGCUAACUCUUAACUAAGUGUAUGGU